CGGGAGCCCUGCCCUGCCCUGCCCGCCGCCAUGAGCGCAGGCAAAGGUGAGGCUGGAACUGCCCUGGGCCAGGCUGGGGGGACACGCAGGGAGCGGGGGGACACGCUCAGGCUCUGCCCGGGCUCCAGUCACCCUUUACUCUGCUCCUCCUCCACUGCUCAUAAGACAUUUUGUGGGACCCCGAGCUGCCUGGGGGGCUGCAGGCACUGCAGGGCAGAGCCCACACCUGGAUGGGGAGUGCAGGGAUGGGCAGGGACCGUGGGACUGGGACCCUUCAGUGCCCAGCGACUCCCAGGGGGCAGCCAGGGAGGAAGGGGGAGAGGGGUCUGGGGGCCUUUCCCCAGGAGUGGGAGAAGCUGCCGCUGCAAUAUGGAGAUGAAUUUCGGGGGGGGGUCCCUGCACCCGAGGGAUCAGAGCUGUGCCAGCAGUGGGGGGUGAUCUUGGACCAUUUCCCAAGGAAUUCAGCCUCUGAAAACUCCCGCAGCUGUCCCGUGUGUGCAGCGGGCCGGGACUCACCCCUUCAUGCCCCCCGAGCCCCGGCGGUGCGGGCACCCGCCCAAGGGGUCCCAAGGGUGUCCCCCAGAGCAGCCACAGCCCGGCACUGACGCUGUCCCCUCUCCUCCACCCCCAGCAGGCAUCCCCCUCCUGCUCCCCCUGGCCCUGCUGCUGGCUGCCGCCUCCCAGCCCCCCGGGGGGGACCCCCCGAAGGAGCCGGGGGACGGGGAGGGCCCGCGCUGCCCCAGCCCCUGCGCCUGCAGCCUGGACGAUUACAGCGAGGAGCUGAACGUCUUCUGCAGCGGCCGCAACCUGAGCCGCCUGCCCGAGGACGUGCCCCCCAACGCCAAAGCCCUGUGGCUGGACGGCAACAACUUCACGCUGCUGCCGGCCGCCGCCUUCAGGAAUCUGUCAGCCCUGGACUUCCUGGACCUGCAGAGCAGCCAGCUGGGCUCCGUGGAGCAGCACGCCUUCCACGGGCUGCGCAGCCUCUACCACCUGCACCUGGAGCGCAACCGCCUCAGGCACCUGGCCCCGCACACCUUCCUGCACACGCAGAACCUCGUGUCCCUCAGCCUCAACAACAACCACUUCAGCAAGGUGGAGGAAGGGCUGUUUGCCGGGCUCUCCAACCUCUGGUACCUGAACCUGGGCUGGAACUCGCUGGUGGUGCUGCCCGACAAGGUGUUCCACGACCUGCCCAACCUGAGGGAGCUGAUCCUGGCUGGCAACAAGCUGCCCUACCUCCAGCACCAGCUCUUCUGCAGCCUCACCGAGCUGAAGGAGCUGGACCUGAGUGGGAACGCGCUCAAGGGCAUCAAGAUCAACGUUUUCGUCAAGCUGCAGAAGCUGCAGAAGCUGUACCUGAACCACAACCAGAUCAACGCCAUCGCCCCCCGCGCCUUCAUGGGCAUGAAGUCCCUGCGGUGGCUGGACCUGUCCCACAACCGCCUGGUCUCGCUCUACGAGGACACCUUCCUGGGCCUCCUGAGCCUGCACGUCCUGCGCCUGUCCACCAACUCCAUCACCAGCCUGAGGCCCAGGACCUUCAAGGACCUCCAGUUCCUGGAGGAGCUGCAGCUGGGGCACAACCGGAUCCGGGGCCUGGCAGAAAGGACCUUCGAGGGGCUGGGCCAGCUGGAGGUGCUGAGCCUCAACAACAACCAGCUGCAGGACAUCAGGGCCGGGGCCUUCCUGGGGCUGCACAACGUGGCCGUGAUGCACUUGUCUGCCAACUGCAUCAAGGUCCUGCCUGACUUUGUCUUCAAGGGGGUCACCAGGCUGCACAGCCUCCACCUGGAGCACAGCUGCGUGGGCAGGAUCCGGGCCAACACCUUCUCCGGGCUCUCCAGCCUGCGGCGGCUCUUCCUGCAGCACAACAGCAUCUCUGUCAUCGAGGACCAGAGCUUCAGCGACCUGCAUGAGCUCCUGGAGCUCGACCUCAAGCACAACAGGCUGAGCCACCUCUCGCCCCGGCUCUUCACGGGGCUGAGCAACCUGGAGUACCUCUUCCUCUCCUCCAACCAGCUCCUGGAGAUCGCCCAGGACACCUUCAGCCCGCUCCAGAGACUCUUCUGGCUCGACCUCUCCCACAACCAGCUGGAGACACUGGACAACAGCGUCAUCUCCCCCCUGGCCAACCUGCGGUACCUGAGCCUGAGCAACAACUCCCUGGAGACCUUCUCGGUGGCAUUCCUGCGCCCCCCCUUUGCCCUGGAGCAGCUGUGGCUGGGGGGCAACAACUGGCACUGCAACUGCUCCCUGAAGGGCCUGCGGGACUUCUCCCUGCAGCACCCGGCCGUGGUGCCGCGCUUCGUGCAGUCGGUGGCCGAGGGGGACGACAGCCACGUCCCCAUCUACACCUACAACAACCUCACCUGCCUGCACCCCCCGGGCCUGGCGGGGCUGGACCUGCGUGACACUGCCGAGGAGAGCUUUGCUCACUGCUGAGCUGGGCUGGCCCUCCCAGGGACCCUCAUCCCGGCCCUGCGGCCACCCCAGCCAGAGCACGGAUUUGCCACCGCCUCCAGCCCAGCAGCCGCCUUGCUCAGAAGAUGCUGGAUGGGCACCAGCCCCCUGGGCUUCAAACUGAGUAUUUCAGUCCUUUAGUAUUUAAAUAGCAGCUCCCAGGGCAGAGCAUGGUUGC